AUCUAUAUUUUACGUUAACCGGUACCUACAAUAACUUUGGAAUGCAUAAAUUGCAUUUACAGUACUCCGUGGUGGAAGAGUAAAUUUGAAUAACCCUUUUAUUAUCAUUUUGAGUUCCAUACAAUUUAUUUCGCCGAUUUUUCCCCGAAGGGCAACUUCCGACUUCGCAUGACAUUUCUAUUUCCGGUUCUUUGUCGAUGAGUCAAUGUUGUGUUGUUAUGUUUUGACAGUUGCCAGCGAAUGAAAUUUAAAAAUUGGUGUCUUUUUGAAUUUGCCUACUUUGCUUUUCCUUUGUUUUGUAAGUGGUUGAUAUUAAAGAAAGUGGUUUUGAUUGGAUUCUUCUAGUUGCCUUGGACUGGUUGUUUUAAAUAUGUUAUAAGAAACGAAAACAGAUCAAUAUUUAUCUAUGCUAGUAAGUGAGAAAAAAUAAUAAUGGAUUAUAGUAGUACCCUUAAACCAACUUUAGAAAAACAACUUAAGGGUCACCAUGGCGGGAUUACAGCUCUGUUCUAUAAUCCUAAUGAUACACAAAUUGCUAGCAGUUCCAUGGACCAUAGUGUUUUGCUAUGGGAUCUGAGUCGGCCCAUGCGCAGUUAUAGAUUCCAAGGACAUGAGGAAGCUGUAAUGGAUGUAACAUUCUCACCAAGGGGAAAGUAUAUGGCAUCAGCAUCCCGUGAUAAGACUGUUAGAUUGUGGGUGCCAACAGUUACAGGCAGUACUGGAGUAUUCAAAGCUCAUUCUCAAACUGUACGAUCUGUACAGUUUAAUCCUGAUGGCUCUCGGAUAUUAACAGCAUCAGAUGAUAAAAUCGUAAAGCUGUGGUCAAGUGAGAAGUAUAAAUUUAUUUCAUCAUUUGUUGGUCACACAAACUGGGUGCGAUGUGCCCGAAUGUCACAUGAUGGGUCUGUUAUAGCAUCAUGUUCUGAUGAUAAAACAACUCGACUUUGGAGCCCAGAUACUGGGAAGUGUAUACAUGAAUAUAAGGAUCAUAAGGUCUAUGCCACACAUCUAUCAUGGCAUCCAUCUGGUUGUUACAUAGCUAUAGGAUCAUCACAUGGAAAUGUUAUGGUUUAUGACAUUAGAACUCAUAAUCUUGUCCAGUAUUAUAGCAUACACAAUGAUGCAGUAACACAAUUGGCUUUUCAUCCCAGUGGAAGUUAUAUCUUGACAUCUGGGAAGGAUGGUAAAAUAAAGAUUUUAGAUUUACUUGAAGGUCAUCCUAUAUUUACUGUAACGGGGCACAAUGGCGCUAUCAAUUCUGUCAACUUUUCAACUAGCGGAAGUGGUUUUGCAUCGGGUGGUGAAGACAAAAUGGGUGCAAGGUUAUGGUACAAAUGCUAUCACAGCUCCAAGUAUCCCAUUGUCACAUUUGUCCAUCUGGAUGAUCCUUCAAACCCAGAAGAACCUGUUGCCAGCAGUACUUUUUAUGAAGAAACUAAUGAAAACUUACGGAAUGUUACUGAUCCAAUAAACAUCACAUUUGAGAGAAAUCCAUUUAGAAGUGGCACAAGGAAUGAUAUGGAUUCAGAAGUUGGAUCUCCCACAUUUAGUGUUGGCCAUAACAGUCAUAUUCCACGUACACCUCCAAAUCCUUCCACAUACAGAGUACCGUCUGUUAUUAAUUGCUCUGCUAGAGAUAAUAAGGAAGAAGAUUUGUUUGGAAUGAUUAAACUCAAGGAGACUGACAUUUGUUAUACAAGUGGAACUAUCGAGUGGGUGGGUCGCAAGAGAACAUUUCCCUUAAAUACUGGAUUUAAAGUUAUCAGCGACAGCCACAGUACUAAAAAUGAAACUUUUGUUAAAAGGGCAAAGAAAGAUCCUUUGCCAAGCAAACUGAAUACAAUAAAGGAGUGCGAUUGUGCUGAUGUUCUACCUACAGUCAAUGCUAUUGUCGAUCACUUAAAUGCCUUGCAUGAAGCUGUGGACAUAGUUGACUUGAGACUUAAUACAUUAGAAGAAGUAGCUAUUAAUUAGUAGUAACAAGUAAAAUAACUGUUUAUGAAAAUAAAUUUAUUAAAUACUGUACUCUGAAAAAUAUA